AUGGAUGAAAGAUACACUGUCAAGUUAGGAGAAAAUACCCUUUCCCAGCCAGGGUGUCAUCACCUGUGUAAGAAGGAAAUUGAGGAGAAAAAGUGCUGUCCAGGAUUCUGGGGUACAGAGUGCUAUGAGUGUCCGGGUGGCUCUCAAAAUCCCUGCAAUGGCCACGGAACAUGCUUGGAUGGUAUGCAACAAAAUGGGACCUGCAUCUGCAAGGAGCAAUACAGUGGUUUUGCCUGCCAGAAUUGUCGAGAUGAAAAUCGUUUUGGCCCAGACUGUCAGUCAGUGUGUGACUGUGUGCAUGGAGAGUGCAACAGCGGCGUCACUGGGAAUGGAAGCUGUAUGUGCUAUGAAGGCUACACUGGCCCCAGAUGUGACCAAGAGCUUCCUCUUUGCAAAGGUGUGACAUGCGAGGCCAACAGUGAAUGUGUGGUAAGGGAUGGGACAGCGAUGUGUGACUGCAAGCUGGGCUACAGAAAAACUGGGAGCACUUGCCAAGCUCAGGAUCCUUGUGCUGCUUCUCCAUGCUCCCCUUUUGCUGUAUGUAAUGUUCUUGGACCACGAAAGUAUAAGUGCACCUGCAAAGAAGGAUAUCAAGGAGAUGGGAAAAUUUGCCAGCCCAUAAACCCUUGUGUUGACAGCAAUGGGGGCUGCCCAGAAAACUCUACGAUUUGUGUUUACAGACGUCCAGGGGAGGCGACCUGUAUUUGCAAGCCUGGGAUGAGUAGGACAACUCCUUCGUCCGAGUGUUCUGUCUUUGCCAACGAUUGCCGGCAGUAUUUUUGCGACAUGACUGCCACAUGUGAAAUUAAUUCCCAGGGGAAUCCUAGCUGUGUGUGUAAAGAAGGAGAGAUUGGAGAUGGGAGAAGUUGCUAUAAAGAUCUCUUGAGUGAGAUAAAUCAGCAUAAUUCACGAGGAAGACUUGCUAGGAAAUUAAAUGUUGCCAAGAGAAUGUUUGCUUCUGGUUGCUCAACAUUGCUGACUAAAUACGGGCCCUUCACAGUCUUUGUACCAUCCCUUCUUCCGGCUCAUGAAAGAAUGGAGUUUAACGAUACGACUGCUGAGCGUUUGUGCAGAAUGCACAUUGUUCCUGGUGUGCAUUUGAUAGAAGACAUGAUAAAAGCCAAGACUCUGUGGACCUUGUCAGGACAUCAGCUGACAUUCAGUAGCCAGACAUACGUCAAAUGGUUUCGAUAUCAAGACCUGCCGGGGGAACUGUACAAUGUUUUGCAAUCGAACCUACCAGCAGCUAAUGGCAUCAUACAUAUCGUUAACUCCCUGAGGAAGAAAACCAGUAUUGACAACCUCAGAAACUCACAGAAAACCAUUGGUGAGAUCAUUGCUUCAAUGGAGAUCUUCAGCAGAUUUGAAACUAUACUGGAGAACUGCGGCCUGCCGGCUAUACUGGAUGGACCAGGCCCCUUUACUGUGUUUGUACCCAGCAAUGAUGGUGUGGAUAAGUUGAGAGAUGGAAGACUCAUUUAUCUUUUUACAGAGGGCAUAAAUAAGCUUCAGGAACUUGUGAAACAUCAUAUCUACACUUCAGCAGCGGUGACUGUAGAGAAACUAAUAAUGAUGCCACACAUUGUUACUAUGGCUAACCAGAUACUUACCGUCAACAUCAGUGCAGAUGGAAGAAUUCUGAUGGAUGAAUCAGGGAUCCCCUUAAACAAGAGAGACAUUGUGGCAUCGAAUGGUAUUAUUCAUAGCUUGGAUGGCAUCUUCAUCCCUCCUUCAAUAAUUCCAAUUUUGCCUCAUAGAUGCAAUGAAGAGCAACAUAAAAUUGUGGCGGGCUCUUGUGUGGAUUGUGAGGCCCUCAACAGCAGUGUUUGCCCACCUGGCAGCAGAGAAAUGGAACCAACGCUUUUCCCAAAGGAAUGUGUCUACAUCCAUGAUCCCCAAGGCCUGAAUGUCCUGAAGAAGGGAUGUGCCAGAUACUGCAAUCAGACUGUAACGAAACCUGGAUGCUGCAAAGGAUUCUUUGGUCCAGACUGCAUGCCAUGCCCAGGGGGAUUUUCCAGUCCAUGCUAUGGCCGGGGAAAUUGCAGCGAUGGCAUACAAGGGAAUGGCAACUGUCACUGCUUUGAAGGUUUCAAAGGAAUAGCCUGCCACAUCUGUUCAAACCCAAACAAACACGGCGAGAACUGUGACGAAGAUUGUGGUUGUGUCCACGGUGUCUGUGACAACAGGCCUGGCAGCGGUGGUGUGUGUCAGUCCUGGUCCUGUAAGGAAGGCUAUACGGGGAAAUUCUGUGACAAGACAUCCAAGAACUGUGGCCCAAGCGGGCUGUCCCAGUACUGCCACCAGAACGCUGUCUGCAGCCUCAAUGACACAGCAAGGUGCAUCUGCAUGGAUGGAUACGAAGGUGAUGGGUUUUCCUGCCAGCCCAUUGACCUGUGCAGUCAGCCAGAACGAGGAGGAUGUUCACAGAAUGCCCUGUGCACCAGUACAGGCCCUGGCACUGCCACCUGCCAGUGCAACACAGGCUGGACUGGGGACGGGAAGGUCUGCGUGGCUAUAGACAACUGCAUGCUGGAGAGCAGGGGGAACUGUCACAUCAACGCCGACUGCAUUUAUAUUGGCCCCGGCCAGAGCCAGUGUGUCUGCAAGAGGGGUUAUGCUGGUGAUGGCCACAACUGUGAUGCCAUCAACCCAUGCCUCAUGGACAACGGUGGCUGCCAUGAUUUGGCUAUGUGUGUACCCCUUGGUGGAGGAGAGAGAUCCUGUACAUGUCCCGAAGGCUAUAUGGGGGAUGGCAUGACAUGCUAUGGGGAUGUUCUAAAAGAGCUGGCCAGUAAUUCCCACUUCACAGGCUUCUACGACUGGGUUAAGAAGUCUCUCUUCAGCAUCCCAGCAGGAACCAAUGUCACUGUCCUGGUGCCAUCGGAUGCAGCUAUCAAAAACUUGAGCAAGACUGAGAAAGAUUUCUGGUUGACUCCCUACAUGCUGCCAUUUUUAGUCAGAGCCCACUUUCUUGAAGGUGUCUUCACUGGUGAAAAGCUCAAAAAGUACAACAAGCCAGAAUUACUCACCCUCAACCCACAGACCAGAUGGCAGAUAAACACCAGUAGCGGUGUGUUAAGCAUUGAGAAUGCGAGUAUAGUUGUCAGCGACAUCCCUGCCAGCAACGGCAUUAUUCAUGUCCUCAGUAAGGUUUUAUUGCCGCCUUCAGAAGAUAUCCCACCAAGUCCUCCGGGUCUGCAGAAACAGCUUGAGACCGUUGCCUCAUUCAGCAUAUUCAAGGAGCUGCUGCAGCAAUACCAGCUCAUUGGAAAAAUUGAAUCCUCUGAAAAAUACACCGUUUUUGUUCCUGGAAAUAAUUCCAUUGAGGAGUACUGCCACACUGCCAACGUGACACAAUUGGACAAUGAGACAGUGCAGUACCAUGUUGUACUGGGAGAGAAGCUCUUGCCUGUGGACUUGAGAAGUGGAAUUCAUAAGAACAGUAUGUUAGGGCUCUCCUACUGGCUAAUGUUUUAUCAAAACAGCACCCAGAAGUUCAUCAAUAAUAUUCCUUUGGAUGGACAAUUUCAUGAAACAAGGAAUGGCAUGCUGAUCGGGGUUUCACAGGUCCUCCAGAUACAGAAGAAUCGUUGCACUGCCAAUACCACCACCAUACAAAAGUCAAGAUGCGGCAAGUGUGAGAAGGGGAUCAAGUGUCCUCCUGGAUCAGUUCUUGUGGAAUUGCCAGGAAGUAAGAAUCUCGCUCGCUGUGAGUUACGCUCUGGGGAUACAGGAAUACUUGGCUGCCAUUUCACCUGUGCAAAAGUUUCUCUGAGGUCUGUCUGCUGCCCCGGCUACUACGGACACAUGUGCGAGAUGUGCCCGGGGAAACCAGGCCAGUGGUGCUCUGGGAACGGGGAAUGCCAGGACGGCAUCGAGGGCAGUGGAGAGUGCCGGUGCCUGGAGGGCUUCCAUGGCACUGCCUGUGAAAUGUGUGAAGUGGGCCGAUAUGGAGCUGACUGCAAAUCAGAAUGUGCUUGUGACAACGGCGUAUGUAACGAUGGACUGCAAGGGGAUGGGAGCUGCGAGUGUUUCCCAGGGUGGAAGGGCCCUACCUGCCGAGAAAGAAUUAAGAUUGACCUAUGCAAUAACACUUGUCAUCAAAUGGCCAACUGCCUCAAUACUUCUGCAGAUUCCUCACCUACGUGCUUCUGCUCUGCUGGAUACACAGGGAAUGGGACCCAUUGUACAGAAAUAGAUCCAUGUGCUAUUGAUCAUGGUGGCUGCUCCGUACAUGCUGUGUGUACUAAAGUGUCCCCAGGAGAGAGAACCUGUGUUUGUAAAGAAGGCUACGCUGGAGAUGGAAUGCUCUGCAUGGAAAUUGAUCUCUGUCUCGAAAGCAACGGGGGCUGCCACACAAGUGCAGAGUGCGUUAAAACAGGCCCAAGAAAGGUUGCCUGCAACUGUCUUCCUGGUUACAGUGGGGAUGGUGUGAGCCAGUGCAGCCCUAUCAACUUGUGUAAACAGAAUAACGGAGGCUGUAGCCCGUUUGGGCUCUGCAAGUACACAGGCCCUGGCACUCGAAACUGCUCCUGCGCUUGGCACAGUGUCGGAGAUGGCUUCACCUGCCGCGGCAAAGUGCAUCAGGCGGAAAACAUCAAGGAGCUCAGCGGGGCAGGGCCUUUCACUGUCUUUGUUCCACGGACAGAUUUCAUAGCAAACACCACAACGUUUGAGGAGUGGAGGAGCAGAGGUCUCCUCCGGGACCUACUUCGCUACCACAUGGUGGGUUGCCAGAAGUUGCUCUCCACUGACCUGGAAACCCAGAUGUCCCUUACAUCUUUAUCUGGCCACAAAAUAAAGAUCACAGUGAAAGAGAAUAGCAUCUAUCUCAAUGAGGAAGCCGAAAUGGUUGCGAGUGACAUCAUCGGCGUGAAUGGGGUCAUUCAUUUCAUCAACAAGAUCCUCAUUCCCAGUGACCUGGUGGGCCGUAACGUUUCCUCAAAGAUCUCGCAGCAAAAUAUCACGGAAGUGGCAGAGGCCUUUGGGUACACCAUUUAUAGCAAACUGCUGCAGGAUGCCGAGCUCCUUCCACUGAUUAGUGAGCCCCUGCAUAGACCCUUCACCAUGCUGUGGCCCACAGAUGCUGCCUUUAAUGCCCUCUCGGAGGAAAGGCAGAAGUGGCUGUACCGCAGAGAGCAUCGGGACGUGCUGGCCUCCUACCUCAAAGCACACAUGAUCAGGGACACCAAGAUUGUUGCUGGUAAUGUGCCCCAAGUCAAAUCCAUACGGACCAUGCACGGCUCCGCCGUUUCGUUCAGCUGCAGCAAAAGCCAUGUGGGGGAGCUUCUUGUGGGCAACGGCGAUGCUGCCAUCAUCCAGAGGCACAUGGAGUUCAAUGGGGGCAUUGCUCAUGGCAUCGAUCGGCUGUUGGAGCCACCAGAUCUGGGAUCUCGGUGUGAUUCAUUCGUCCUUGUUGAGCUGCAGGGAUCUACAGAGAGCUGCGGACUUUGUGGCUUCGAGCCACCCUGCCCUACUGGCUCCGUUCAACGGGGGGACACCAGGCGCUGCUACUAUUAUGGAAGCCAGCUGUUGAGAAACACUUUCCUGUUUCACCGCAACUCCCUGGGGCCUCUGAAGCGAGGCUGCAAGAGGAGCUGUGUAUCCUCCCAGUGGGUCCCUCAGUGCUGUGCAAACCACUAUGGCCGUGACUGUCAGGCGUGCCCCGGAGGGCUGGAGGCACCGUGUGGUAACCGUGGGACCUGCGACGACAAAAUCGGUGGCUCAGGGAGAUGCAACUGCAGCCAGGCUUUCAUCGGGACCAGCUGCGAGCUGUGUGCACCGGGCAGAUACGGGCCGGAUUGCCGAGAGUGUAACUGUACUGAGAAUGGCGUGUGCAAUGGAGGACUACACGGCGAUGGCUUCUGCUUCUGUGCCGAGGGCUGGACUGGAGACCGCUGUGAAAUCCGACUAGUCAUGACACCCACCUGCUCUCCACCGUGCCACCCCCAGGCCAUCUGCCGUUCCGGCAACCUCUGCGAAUGCAACCUGCAUUAUGAAGGAGAUGGGAGAAUGUGCUCAGUGAUCGACAUGUGCAGCCAGGACAAUGGGGGGUGCGCCAGGCAUGCGCAGUGCACACAGGUUGGCGUGAACGUCUCCUGUGCCUGUGUUCCCGGGUACGGAGGCGACGGCUACGUCUGCGACCCCAUAGACAGGUGUGCGGAUGGCAGGAACGGGGACUGCAGCCAGCACGCCAACUGCAUCAGCACCGGGCCGAACGAGCGGCACUGCGAGUGCAAGCGGGGCUACGUCGGUGACGGGAUCCAGUGCCUGGAAGAGGUUGUGCCCCCCACAGACCGGUGCCUGGAAGACAAUGGGCAGUGCCAUCGUGAGGCCAUUUGCACUGACCUGCACUUUCAUGAUAAGACUAUGGGCGUGUUUCAUCUGCAGUCACCCCAAAAAAAAUACGACUUCACUUAUGAGCAGGCUCAGCAGGCCUGUGCUGCAGAAGGUGCUUCCCUGGCCACUUUCCGUCAGCUUUCAGCAGCGCAGCAGAUGGGAUUCCAUCUGUGCUUGGUGGGUUGGCUGGACAAUGGCACAGCCGGAUACCCCACGGCCUACCCCAACCCCAGCUGUGGGGGUAACCGAGUGGGCAUUACCUGGGAUGCAUUCUGCUACCGGGAGAAGGAUCUGACGUGCACCUGCCGUGAUGGGUUCGUGGGAGAUGGGUACUGGUGCAGCGGCAAACUCCCCGAUGUGCUUGCAGACCACGAUCGCUUCUCCACCUUCUAUUCUAUGUUGCUCGAUUUUGCCAAUGACACAGAAGAAGGACUGGAUUUUUUCAUCUAUUUGUCUGAUGACUCCACUCCCAAAACUCUGUUUGUCCCUCUGAAUUCGGGCUUCACAGACAAUGAGACACUGACAGGAGAAGAACUGAAGCUCCAUGUGUCAUCCAGCAACGUCGUCCUUUUCAGCUUCAACCUCACAACGGGCACUGUCAUCCCGUCCCAGUCAGGAUAUGACCUUCAUGUAUCAGACCUCCCAGUGGGCAACAGUUCAGAGCGCUCA